AGAUAAAUUGAAAAUGUAAGGUUUCUCCAUUUGUUUGGCAUCAAUAAGGCCUUGAGAUUAGUUUCCCCAUCCAGAACCAUUUGUUAUAUCGGUAGAAUCAGAUCGUUUCGAAAUUUUGUAUUGGUUGAGCAUUAUGAUGGCCGAGAAUGAGGACAUGGACACCUUCCACGACUGCCGGAGUGACGACGAGGAGACCGAGACUCCGGAAAUGGCAGUGGGUGGUGGCGACGAGGUGAUCUGCAAGCAGGCGGCCCGCUUCGACGAUCCCGUGCAGAUUCGGGCCGUCCUGGAGCGGGCUGCCACUGCCACCCAGCGUCUCUUGAGGUGCUAUGGAGGCACCGAUUGCGUGCCCAUGCGUCCCUCGAUGACCCGCUUCUAUCCGGCAACCCUGGAGGUCAGUGCCCGUCUUCACACGGACGACAAGUGUCCCUGCCCGAAGGACAGACAGUGCAAGCUAAUUGGCGACCCGGUGACCCUGAGGCUUCCCAUCGAACUGAAUCCAGAGAGCGGCCAGGUCAAGGUCAACAUCUUUCAGCCAAAGUCAAUUGGAACCUUCUGCGGCUGCAGUGCACCCGCAAGUCAAAACAAAUCCAAGAACAGGAGGUCCAGUGUGAGAUGGUGCAGCCAUGAGAACGUCUAUGCCGAAAUCCAGGAACCUAAUCAAAGCACAUGAAUACCAUAGUUGGCUGACUAUCCAUCUUUUAAUAUCCGCAAAGUAAUUGAUUUUCGUCCAAAUUUAU